AUGGAGCAACAGCUGGAAGUGGAGAUCAGGCCCUGGAUCAUUAUAGUAAUAGCAAUUAUGGCUUUGUUAAUUGCCAGGAUCCCGAAUGGCAAUGAAGAGCAAGUUUGCAUAGAUGAGACAGUCAAUGAUGGAAAAGAUGCGAAACGGGAGGAGAAGCUUUUCAACAACAUCAACAUCAUUGUCACCAUCAAUAACAAUAGCAAUAACAAUAGCAACAACAGCCCCUGGCCCCUGUGA